GCAAGCGCGACUCGUCGUUCUUUUUUUGUGUGCAGCUUGGUCGUUUGUUUCGGCGGUAAUCACAGCCAAGACAAGAAGGUCACAGCCAAUCAGUUAUAUUUGUUUUGCCUUUUUUGGUUAUUUCGUGGAGCCGACUUCUUGCGACACGUCGGAGAUCUAAUAUACAGCCCGUCCCGGAUGGGUUCACAGGAGAGAGAAACUCGCGGCAUUUUUUUGCUCAAUCAGAUUUCCGUGAAGCAUUCUCCAACAAGACAUCAUGAUGUCAGCGCUCACUGAGAUGAUGGCUCGUGACUACAACAAGACAGACGCGUCAGAAGGCUUAUCGACGACUAAGCUUGCAGAGACGAAACUCGAUGGGAAAACGGGUACGGCUCUCCUCAGAAAUCGCUCUCUGCGACGUCUGGACCAAGCGUGUCUCACGAAGCAUCAUCCGGUGAAGAUGAUCUUGACGGAUAUGGACGGCACCUUUCUGAACUCGCUUCACGCCGCAUCCAAGCCCAAUGUUGAGGCGUUUGCUAAUCUCAGAAGAUGCGGUAUCGUUGGUGUGAUUGCAACAGGUCGGCCUCGCCAGAGUGUCAUCAGUGGCAUUGGGCUACCAACUUUUCAACGCAUGAUGAACAACGCUGCUGGACCGGGCAUCUUUAUGAACGGCAGUGUCGUUUACGGUCCAGACGGGAAAAUCAUUUUUGAGCGCCACAUCGACGCAGAGUCGCUCCACACAGUCUUAAGCACCGUCGAACAGCUCGGAUGGAGAAGCAGGGUGUGCGGCUACAAUUCUCAAGGAAUCUACUGUGAACAGAAGAACGAGGUCAACUGGCGUCUGCACAUCGAAUACGGAGAGCCCGAGCCUGAGCUUGUUCCUGAAGGCACGUUAGACCAGAUGAAGUUCAGCAAACUUAUUAUCAACGGAACGGAUCCCGAGAUUGACGACCUGCGACCAAGUCUUGAACACAAGCUGCCAGCAGGCGCAAAGUGCGUCCGGCCUCUGACUUGGAACUUGGAAGUUAUCCCAACCGGGAUUUCCAAGGCAGUUGGAAUGAAAGUUUUGCUGGAUCACUACGGCCUCUCAAGCAACAGCGUCCUCACGAUGGGCGACAGCGAAAACGACAUCGAGAUGUUCCGUGCAUCAGGAAUUUCUGUUGCAGUCAAUAAUGCUUCUGGAAUUGCUAAGCAAGCCGCCAGCUACGAGACCGUCUCCAACGACGAUCACGCCUUCGCAGAAGUUGUGACUAUGCUUUGUUGCAGUCCGCAGGACUGACGUAUAAUCUAUUUUAAUUUCGUUUUCCAGGAGGAAAUGUUUUUUAAUCGUUUUUGUUUACGAGUGCUUAAAUAGUUUGUGCUCGUUUUUGUGUUGGGGCAUGCUGUCAGUGUCGCAACACUGUUUCUUGAACAGUUUCAUGGUCAACUACUUUUUCAGGUGCAAAGCUGUCGAUCGGAAUUUGUGUUGAAGGCUUUUUAAAAUUUUGGCGCUUUUUCAGAGAGUGAAGUUAGCAUUGGGAGCGGGGAGAAGCUGUGUCACUGUGUCUGAAAACCAGAACUUGAUGCGACUUUGCACUGGGCACCAGUGAAUCGUAACUU